AUGGCUGCGUCGGCGGCGGGCGGCGAGCCCCAGAAGCAGCUCCUCUCCAUCAUCCGCGACUUCGCCGCCGAGAAGUCCCACGGCGAGCGGAGGGUGUCGGACCUGAAGCGGCGGCUGGACGACGUGCGGGCCGCCUCCGACGCGGCCGCGGCGGAGCUCGGGGCCGCGAAGCGCGCGCGGGAGGACGCGGAGCAGGAUCUGCGGGGGAGCCAGGUGCAGGUCGCCAUCGCCGCCGCGUCCGUCCAGGCGCUCGAGGCGACGAUCUCGCAUCUGCAGGAGGAAAUAUCGAAGGAGGGAUCUGAUCUGGACGCGCUUAAGUGCAAGGCAGACAUUGAGAGAGAUGAGUUUAUCAACCAGAUGAAUCAUUUAAACACAAAGAUAAGGCAGUUUCAAAAGAACGUUUCUGUCGAAUUAAAAGGAGAGAAGUGCUCUGAGCUGCCAUCAGGAGAAGGCCAACAUUUCAUAGACAGGAGCGACAUCAUGGAGUCAGAAGAUACUUUGAAAGGUUUAAUCGACAAGGUGAACAAUGCCAAUGCUGAGGUGCACACGUUAGAAGAAGAGUAUCAAAAAGAUCUGCGCGAUCAUGAUAAGGUUCGUCAGGAGUUGGCUGAUAUCCAGGCGAAGAGAGCUCUUAUGGAGGCCGUGAUGGGAGAGAUGAAGCAACUGCAGGAGCUCGGAGAGCGGACAGCCGAAAUGGAGAAAGCGCACGCUUCACUUGCAGAUGAGUUGCAGAGGCGGUACACGUGCCCUGGCUGUGGAGUCAACAACAUGGUUGGGUUGGAGGAGGCGGCCAGCUGAAGAAGGGCCCUAGUUUCUGUGCAUAGACAAGCUUCGACAGAGAUGGGUGUGAAUGGUUGCUGCUGAACGAGUUAUGGGUCGAGUAAUCUUCAGGUAAAAACUACGAUUGUUCAGCUGAGAGCGUGCUGCUUGAGUAGCAGUGUGCGUUUGCCUUUCCCACAUGAUAUGGAUAGAAGGAUGAGAUAGGUAUUGGCUGGUAAAUGGUAAAUGAAAUAUCACUAAAAUGGUUUGCAGUUUGCAUUAGGUUGAAUCCUUGUGUUAUCACACAAGCCCGUUCUUUUUAGCUGUUUGGGCUUAGUU